ACGCAAUUUCCGGCUGCGAAGAUGGCGGCGCCCUAGGGAGUCGGCUCAGGAGUUGGAGGGUGAUUCAGGUUACGGUGAGAAUUAGGUGGUGAAAGCUCGCUGGACCCAUCCCUAUCAUCCCGAGAGGUCGAGCGUCCCCAGUCCAGAGGUCCAGAUCGCCGCCUCAUCUGAGGCUUCCGCCAUCAGAGGAACAUCCUGGCUUCCCCCAUUCCUGCUCCGUCAGUCCAAUCAGGAGUCAUGGAGGUGGCAGAAUCCAGCAGUCCAACUGAAGAGGAAGAAGAGGAAGAGGAGCAGUCAGUUGAACCCAGGCCCCGCACACGCUCCAACCCUGAGGGUGCUGAGGACCGGGCACCCGGGGCUCAAGCCAGUGUGGGCAGCCGCAGUGAGGGUGAGGGUGAGGCAGCUAGUGCUGAUGAUGGGACUCCCAAUGUCCCAGGAACAGGCCCGAAGCCCUGGCAGGUGCCCCCACCAGCUCCUGAGGUCCAGGUGCGGACACCAAGAGUCAACUGUCCAGAGAAAGUGAUCAUCUGCCUGGACCUGUCAGAGGAAAUGUCACUGCCAAAGCUGGAAUCAUUUAAUGGUUCCAAAACCAAUGCCCUCAAUGUGUCCCAGAAGAUGAUUGAGAUGUUUGUAAGGACAAAACACAAGAUUGACAAGAGUCAUGAAUUUGCACUGGUGGUGGUGAACGACGACACAGCCUGGCUGUCCGGCCUGACCUCUGACCCCCGUGAACUCUGCAGCUGCCUCUAUGACCUGGAGACGGCCUCCUGUUCCACCUUCAAUCUGGAAGGUCUCUUCAGCCUCAUCCAGCAGAAGACUGAGCUUCCGGUCACAGAGAAUGUGCAGACAAUUCCACCCCCAUACGUGGUCCGAAUUAUCCUUGUCUACAGCCGUCCACCCUGCCAGCCCCAGUUUACCCUGACGGAGCCCAUGAAGAAAAUGUUCCAGUGUCCGUAUUUCUUUUUCGACAUCGUUUACAUCCACAAUGGUGCGGAUGAGAAGGAGGAGGAGAUGACUUGGAAGGACAUGUUUGCCUUCAUGGGCAGUCUGGAUACUAAGGGUACCAGCUACAAGUAUGAGGUGGCGCUGGCCGGACCAGCCCUGGAACUGCACAACUGCAUGGCCAAGCUGCUGGCUCACCCACUGCAAAGGCCCUGCCAGAGUCAUGCCUCCUACAGCCUGCUAGAAGAGGAGGAUGAAGCCACUGAGGCUGAGGCCACCGUCUGAACCAUCCCCGUACCUCUUAACCUUCUGUUACGGGGAAACCCUUGACCUAGAGUGCUGGGGUCUCUGAGAACCCCCAGGAAGGGAUUCCAGGAGACAAGCAGGGUCUCUGGCGCCCCUGAAAGAUACCCAAGAUUCCAGGAAGCAUGCCUGGGACUCUAAGCACCCACUGCCCAUUUUUCCCAGCCUACAUCCCAUUCUUCGUUUGUCCGUUGUAAUUUUUGUUAUUCCCUAUGAUAUUUGUCAUCAAAUAAAAAUGUCUAACUCA